AUGGCUACCGAGACGCAAGAUUACACAGGGGCUGGGGGACAGGGUCCAACACCCGCCAAGUUCUCCCGCUACCGCUCCGUGCGAAGGGCAGCUUCAAGCAACGCGACAGGAAUGGCUCCGUUGAACCCUUCAGUACCACCGGUACCUACUCGCCAGAGCGCAUCGGCGUCUGGGUCGCAAGACGUGUCGGAUUGGACAAGCGGUACAUCUACAACGAUCAAGAAAAGCAUGUCGCGUUAUCGUCGUCAAAAGCCUCCGACGCCUAGUUCGGCCGAUGGGCCUCCGCCUCCGCCGCUUCCUCUUCCUACCCAGCAACAUCCAGUUCCUCGAGUACAGCCUGCGACUGCCGCCGUCGAUGGCUAUUCUGCGCGGCGCCCUUCCAAGGACUCUCAAUCGGUGGAUUCUGCGAAGCCACGGGGAAGGUUCAUGAAUGCGAUGAGACUGGAUACACGUGGAAGAGGUUUGUUUGGAGGCAAUGAGAAUACUUCAAGCGAUACGGACCAUGAGGAGCGUGAGCGAGAUAGGCAGGCAGCCAUGGACAGCUUGACGGGUGGUGGUAAUGAGUCUCCCACGCAACCUUCCAGUCGCCAGCGACCAGCCACCCGAGGAAGGGCGGCCACGGAUCGGGAGGCUCACAGAACGGCUGACAACCGACGCUUAGUUGACGACGCAUCAAAUCGACGCCAUUCACACAAAGAUGUGAAGCGGAAAUCAUUCAAGGAUACAAUGAAGUUCUCGCGAGCGAAGGAGAAGACAACGAAAGUCCCGUCUGUCGACAACGGGCCUGAUACCAACGCGCCAGCUAUUUUCCCCGGCAUUGAUGCACCUGUUUCUGCUGUCAACGCCGGCGAACGGACAGUCGUAGUGCAAUACAAGAAGGAUUCUCUGAAGCUCAGUGUUAGCCCCUCGACUUCGGCCCAUGACAUAUUAGUGUCUGCGUCGAGAAGCAUAUCCGAAAUUGAUCCUCCUCGUUUCAUUCUCAUGGAGUCGUUUAACGCGUCAGGCCUAGAACGUCCCUUACGCCAGUACGAAUAUGUUCGAGAGGUCAUGAAUUCAUGGGCCCACGAUGCGGAGAACACCCUGAUCAUUGUCCCGGCGCCAAGUAUCGAGGCGCUUGACUUUCUCGACGCUCAGAAUGUGCCGACGAAACCACCAAUGGACGCAACUUUCCACAUAUAUUACUCUCAGAAGCCACGGAAAUGGGAUAAACGCUAUCUGACAAUCCGGUCGGACGGACAGAUUGUUCUGUCGAAGAAAGAAAUGGCGAAGGAGCAAACGAACGUCUGCCACCUCUCUGAUUUCGAUAUUUAUUCGCCAACAUCGACCUUUUUGACUCAUAAAGUAAAGCCGCCAAAGAAAAUAUGCUAUGCUAUCAAGAGUCAGCAAAAGUCGAGUAUGUUCCUCUCAACCGAAAACUUCAUCCAUUACUUCGCGACGAACCACAGAUCAGUCGCCGAUGCAUGGUAUCGGGCCGUCCAAACAUGGCGCAGCUGGUACCUGGUCAACAAACUGGGAGCUGGUCAAAGCGAAAGCAUCAAUGAGUCUGAGGUGAGCCCGGUUCGUCCGCCAGACGAACCUUCGCAGGUCCGAACAUUUAAGCCACUCCUAGCAUCGAUUGACACGCACACCGAAGAGAGAGAUGACUCUUCUGUCGACCGCUCACGAACCCGACAAAUAUCUUUACGGAGAAGGUCUUCCCGUGAACACAAGCCACCCCCGUCAUCUUUCCCCAAAUCACUUGCGACAGAACCCGAGGCAGUGACAACCAACUCCGCAGAUGAAUCUCCGUUCGCGGCUUCCGGCCUGCUAGGGCGAACAUACACUCACCGCCAGAAGGCAAUGAAGGACAGAGAGGAACGUGAAAAGCGAGAAGCCGACGUACUAUUCAAUCAAGGCCUCGUCAGUGCAUCCGCCCCGCCCCGCCAAUUCAACGCAUCACGCCCAGGUAGCCGCACCAACAGCAUGACCUCUGCGCACCAACCCGAGCUUGACUCCCUAUUGAAGCGAUCCCAGUCAAUCAACCAAGGCAAGCCGCUCGUUGACCUCACUCCGAUCUAUCAAGAACCCCCUCAACACUCCCGCAAAGGCCGGGCCGUCACGGUUGAUACCGGCGGCCCCCUAAUUGAAGCCGCUACCGGCAUAGAACCAACCGGCGGCAUCGCAAUCCCUCCAGCUAAAACCUGGCGUCGACCAACAGCACCACCACCGAUACCCGCAGAACCCUCCAACCCAUUCAGCAACGAAGCGCGCAUCAACACCCGCUCCAACACAGUCCGCAGCGCCAGCAACCGCUACCGACACGGCCACAAUACAGCCACCGCCCCAUCGUCGCCUACAACGCCGCCCGAUCUAGGUCUGAUUCAGGAGCAGGCUUUCGCGCCGAAUAGUCUCCUCGCGCGAACGGGGUCAGGAAACUUACCGCAUGGCCCCGGCGCACCAAUCGGUCAUGGCGUGGUGACGGGAGAUCGGAACGCGACGAAACCAAUGCUUGAUGUGAAACCGCAGAGCCCGUUCGCGGAGGGGAGUUUACUGCGUGGGCUGUGA